UGAUUGGCUCCAAUCUCCCAUCUUCCCCCUUGUAACCAUUUUAUCGCGUCCAAGCUCAACUCGACUCGAAACUCAACAAAAUUGCUAAAUCAUGAAGUUGUCAUGAUGACAGUAGUAAGGGGAGCUAGAAACCCUCCAUACCACUCCCCGCUCCUUUUCUUAAGCUCGUUAAAAACUCAGAUUUACCUAGGAUAGCUUUGAUUGUCAACUGUGCCGGUUCGCAGACAUAGACACGAAGCUGUUUACUCGCCUCUGAUUUGACUAUUAACUAUUGUAUCACGAACUAAUAGCUACCUAUCCAAUCCGUCACAAUGGCAUCCCAAGCCCCUUUGAUCCCCCGAUUGCAUCUCUGGGAGAUCGACGACCAGCUGUGGUUCCCCCCCUUCCUCCGCGGAUACGUCCAGGCCGGCCUAACGCACGCCUGGACCGUCCAUAUCCCGUUCCUGCAGCCUAGCAGCCCCGCGACCAUCGUAGCCGAGACCCUGCGACGUGUGCUCGGCAGUUCCGUCUCGCGGCACACCUACAUCGACUUCUGCGCCGGAGCCGGAGGUCCUACGCCUUUUAUCGAGCGGGCUUUGAACAGCCAGCUCGCGCGCGCGGCGACGCACCGAGUCCCCGCGACCGCAAAAUCCGGCAUUGUAGACGGCGAGAGCCGCGCUGCAGCGGAUAGCACGCCGAGCUACGCGGCGGUCGCCAACCCCAAGGCCCAAUCUGCUACUGUCCAGGAAGAGGACAGCCAGGUGGACUUCGUCCUGACGGAUUUGCAUCCGCACGUCGAGUCCUGGGAAGCCGCCAGUAAGAAGAGCGAUCGACUAUCGUAUGUCGCGCGCCCCGUCGACGCCGCCAGCGCGCCUACCGACCUACUACGUCGGUAUACGGAGAAGAACGGCGGGAAGGGCAUUUUCCGGCUGUUCAACUUGGCAUUCCACCACUUCGAUGACAAGCUAGCUCGCGCCAUCCUAAAGAACACGGUUGAGACUAGCGAUGGGUUCGGCAUCUUCGAGCUACAGGACCGGACCCCCACCGGCCUGCUGACGUGCUUCGCCUUCGGCUUCUUUAUCCUUCUAAUCGCCCCGCUGCUAUAUUGGUGGUCACCCAUGCGCUUAUUCUGGGUUUACGUUAUCCCUGUCGUCCCCUUUGUGCUUGUCUUCGACGGUCUUAUUUCGUGCCUACGUACCCGUACUGCCGACGAGGUUGAGACCCUAUUACGCACCUGUGGUGCCAACAGCGACGACUGGGAGAUUAAGAGCGGAAAGGAGCAGUUUCUUUGGCCCUGCGGAUAUUUACACUGGAUCAUUUGCACCAAGAAGGCUACAUAAGGAUCGAAAAUAUUCGGGCCGUAGGGUAGGGAGUAUGUCGGUGUAAAGCAUAGAUAUCAUAUAGUCAGUCACUUAUAGUUCUUGCCCCCUU